AUGAAGGUUGCGCCGCUUAUUUUGUUGUUUGCCGUGUGUUAUGUUGAAGCUCGCAAGGUAUAUGCGCCAAUAAAUAAAAAUGCCAACGUCGACUUUAUCAAUAUGGAGAGUGGGGGAGUGCGGGGCAAACCAGCGGUCUUUGAACCACCAAAGCCGGCGGUACCGGUAGCGCCCGUACCUACUACUAAGCCACCAGUAGCAGCUCCUGCUGCUAAGCCUGCAGUUCCACCAUCGGUGACCCCGGCUCCAGUUGGAAAACCAAGUGCGACAUUGCCACAAAACCCACGACAGCCGGCUCAAUCGCCUGGUCAAAUCAAACCCAUCCCUGUAAACCCCUCUCCCGUUGCUAACCCUGCCACGACUCCUGGACCCGGUAGUGUAAAGUCACUGAUUAACUACUAUGACAGCCAAGGUAAAGGAAGCCCCAUUCGCCCGUACAGUUACAGUCAAGCAGUGAAACAAGGUUAA